UAUCAUUAAUUAGAAGAAUUGUUUGGAUUACGUCUUAAUUUUACAUCAGUUUGAAGAAUAUAAUUAGUUAAAAAUCAUUUGUCGCCAUCACUACCAUAAAAAAAUAAUCAAAUUAAUGAUUUUUAAAUAAAUAAUCUGUGUAUAUGAAAUAAUAUUCAAAUUUCAAUAUGAAAAAAUAUUAAAAGAGAAAGUAAACAGCAGUGAAAAAACAAGAAACACAAAAAAUCUAAAAAAAAAUUGGUUAAGAACAUUUAUAUUUAUUGAAUAGGUCAAGGCAUUCAUCAAAUUAUAAUAUUAAUAUUGAAAGUAAAUGCAUGCAACCCAUGCAAUCCACGCUUUAUAUCUCUUUGUUCAAACAUUAAACAAAAUUUGAAUUCUAUUUAUGACAAAGUUUUUAAGGAUUACAAUUCCAUUUAAAAAUAUAUUAGAAUGAGGCAUGGUACACAAAGCCGACUCAAUUUAAUUGAAUCUGACGAAUCGGAAAAUGAAACCAACAAUGAUGAUAAUUUAAGAGAAGGAGCUGUAAAUAAUACAGCUAUAGUUAAUGUAGAAGUUCAUGAAACAAAUAGUCCAAUUGCACAUAAUAACAAAGAAAAUGACAUUAGAAAUAGAGCAAAUAGCAACGAAGGAAGAAAUGAUGAAAACAUAAUUGAUGAUACAUCAUCAUAUCAAGAUGAUGAAGAUAAAGAAAGUGUUGGAAUUAUUGUUCAACCAUUAAGUUCUAAUGAAAUCAUUCAUAAUAUACCACCAGAUAGAUUUAAUUAUAAUUAUUUAGUGUUUUAUCUAUUAGGAAUAGCUACAAUGUGCCCAUGGAACUUUUUUGUAACAGCGGAGGAUUAUUGGAUGUACAAAUUCCGAAAUGUUACUGAUAACACAACUGAUGUACUUACACCAUGGCAAAAAAGUUUUGAAUCCGAUAUCACAGUUACAGCUUCCAUGUCGGGUACAUUAUUUCUUAUCUUGAAUACAAUUUAUGGAUAUUUAUUUUCGAUAAAAUUAAAAAUGAUUGGAUGUUUAACAAUAAUAUUGGCAUUUUUUGUGAUAACAACAGCAUUUAUCGAAGUUAAUACUGAUAAUUGGCAAGCUGGUUUUUUUGCUUUAACAAUUGGAACUGUAAUUAAUAUUAAUAUAUUUUCCGCAAUAUUUUCCGGUGCACUAUUCGGGAUUGCCGGUUUAUUUCCGUCAGAAUAUAUGACCGCUGUAGUGAGUGGUCAAGCAUUAGGUGGUAUCCUAACUGCUUUGGCUUUUAUUGUAACAUUAGCAUUUGGAGCAUCAAUUAAAACAACAGCAUUCGCAUAUUUCGUUCUUGGAAAUAUUAUAAUACUUUUAUCCAUUAUAUUUUAUAUUAUUAUGUCAAGAACACAAUUCUUUAAUUAUUAUUUGUAUGAGAAAUCUGAACCACUAAUACCAUAUGAUCCAAAUGAUUCCAAUAAUGCUGUAUUAAUUCCAAAUAUAAAACAAGUUUUUCACAAGAUAUACAUAUAUGCAUUAAUAAUAUUCUUGGUAUUUUCAACAUCAUUAUGCGUUUAUCCAUCAGUUACAGUAUUGGUUAGAUCACAGUAUCAUGGAAAUGGGAAAGCAUGGAAUAAUCUUUACUUCAUGCCUGUUAUAAACUAUUUAUUAUUCAAUUCCGGUGAUUAUUUAGGUAGGAUAUUAGCUGGUUUGUACGAAAAGCCUGAAAAUCCACACACAACUUUGAUGUGGGCGAUAUUACGAAUGGGAUGUGUUCCUGCAUUUUUAUUAUGUAACGUAGAUCACGUUUACAUGCCAACGCUUAUACAUUCGGAUGCAACAUUUAUAAUGUUAAUGGCAGUUUUUUCUGUUUCCAAUGGAUUUUUAGCUAAUAAUGUAUUAACGAAAGUGCCAAAAAUUGUAAUGCAACAUGAAAAAGAAGUAGCAUCAUCUAUUAUGGUAACUUCUUUAAGUACGGGUUUAGCUGUUGGAUCAGCUGCCAGUUUAUUUUUAGUACAAGUCUUAUAAUUAAUAAAAAGAAUAAAAGCAUUAAAAAAAAUUUUAAUUUAUACCUCGAAAAAUUUUCGAUAGUAAAAUAUUAAAUAUUUUCUUGUUUUUAAUCUAUAAAUAAGACAAUUUAAUGAAAAUAUCUAAAAUGUAAAUAUAAAUAUAUAAAUGAUUAUGUUUUAUGAAACUCGAGUUAAUCAACUUUAUAUUUAAGAAUGUACGUAUUUUUCGAUUAAAUUAAUUAUACUUUAAAUAUAAUUUAGUAACAAAAGAAAUUUUA